AUGGAUGACGCCCAAGCCACUGCAAAAUGGGCAAAUCGUGUCCUGCGCCCCUUGACCUCCAUCUGCCGUCGAAUCGCAAAGCACAAAGAAACGCUGUCAAUGAUCGCGACCGAGUCGAAACUACAAGAAACUGCAGAGGGCAAUGAUGCGCCUAAAUUGGAAGCCAAAUACAAACCAGAAAGUCAGCACAACUGCUCAGGUUCCGAUGCGGAUCCGGAUGAGAACGACCCAGCUUGGAUCCCAGGGAAAAAGCCCGAGCGACGUCGACCCAGACUCAAGUAUUCGUCGAAAGCAGAGGAUGGUGGAGGUAAAAGGCGCAACAGACUGUCAAUACACAGCCCGGAAGCCCCACGCAUCCUGCCUGGCGCUAUUGAGGUCGCAACACCACUCAUCACUGGGAGGAGAUGGGAGAUGCCCUCGAGUGCACAGUCAGAACGCGCGGAAGGCUAUGUCAACCCCAAUAUCCAACAAUCACAGCCGCUAGUCUUCCGUGAUCGAUAUUCUCUCCAUAAGAGCCCUUGGCAGGAACUUCUCGACCAGUCUGGUGAUCCGGGCUUCGCCGACAUAGCACACAACCUUGAUCGCGUCUUCCAAAAUUUCCUUUGCAAUACCGUGAUAUCGAAGCGAGAAACGAAGCCCUUAUCCGAGAACAGCAGGCGUGGUGCACGAUCUUUGCUAUCCAUGGUGACACGCAGUCUGCCUAAAUUUAUUGCGAGGGAGCAAGAAGCACAGGAUGAGUUGGACGAGGACGGAGAUGAAGAUAUGUGCGAUGCAUAUUUUACAGAAUUGGAAGCAUUUUAUGCGCCUCAUGGGACAGGUUGGAAGCCACUCCGAGAGGCUGUCCGCGCACAGGGUAUCUAUUUGGUUUCUACCCUUAUACAUAAUCAUUGGAUAACAGAUUCAAUUGCCUGCGCGCUGAUUGAAAAAUGCCGUUCCUUUGCACCCGAAGAAAGCGACUCAUUGCUCUCUACAUUACUUUCAACACGCAAAAAUUACCCAUAUCCUCAGGCCUUAAGGCCAGUGGUUGACCAUGACCCUUCGGAUCCGAUCCGAUUGCUACGAAAAUAUGCUCACCAUGGCGUUGCUAAUCGCUCUUAUAUCUUCGACGAACUUGCUAAGCUUCUGUUGCGGGGAGUGCUACCACCGGAAUGGAUGGGAACCAAGUUAUGGACUAGCUGGAUGACACGAGCAACGAUCUCACUGUCGAAGGAAGAUGAAGACUGUCCAGCGGCUACGCGGUUGAUUGAAGCUGUGAUUUUAUCAGCUAGCGAUGUCCGCCCUGUUACCGCUGCUCGGAGUUCUACACCGAAAUUCCGUCUGAAGGGCGAGACCGGUCGUGCUCGUGCGACCAGGGUUGCCUCCACCACAGCGUGGGAAAUCUCAAAUCUUGCGCGGCCUUGCCCCUUGCCGGUGGAGGAUGCAUUGAGCAAUCACGUCAUAAGUCUCAUGGCAGCGCUCUGUGGCAUGCAUAUCUCACGGUCUCGUGCCUCCGAUCACACCGAUUGUGCGGAUGGAACGACGGCGAGCUAUAUUACGAGCUAUCUCCACACCGCUCUGCAGCGAGAGUUGGACUCAAAUUCCGUCGCGCAGCGGCCUAAUAGCACCCCCCAUCAAUUGUUACGGCGUGGCUGCAUCUUGCUGGCCACCAGCCUUGUACAGUGCAAUGACAAACUUUUAUUAAACAAUACCCAUCAUGUGAUGGCAUCAACAGUCAAUGUUGAUGAAUGUGCGGAGAUUAUAGCGUCCCAUUCAGACAUGGUUAGAGAGUUAGCAUUGUUUGUGCAGCAAGCGUUUCGCUGCCUCAGAAAAAGCACAGGUGAAACAGAACAUACUAGCGGUGAAAUACGGGACAUGGUUUCGCAACUUGUCCGCUUAGCUGAUACACCAGCCUUGUCUGUCUUUCUUGGGCGUGUCGCUGCAGAAGCCGCCAUGGAGUUUGCAGAAGCUACAGGAGAUCCCGAUGAUCACAUGUGGGCCGUCGACGUGCAAGAGGCGGCCGUGGCAAAACAGCGCCAGGACGAAACUGCCCAAACGUCUUCAGAAGAACCCGAGGAAUCUAGCCAGAGUACCGGCCUGUUCCGAUGGGAAGAUAGUAUAGGCGAGUGGGUGGCAUCUACGCCAGCGACCAAGGGAAAGCCUAUUUUGGUGCAAAAGUCCCAAAGACCCAUGCGCAUGCUAUCAAGCCCAGUGCCCUGCAUCACUUCUUCAGACACAGACUGCAGCUCGCCUGAGUCUGACCGCUUCCCAGGCUCUGUGUCAAGUCUGACCUCAUCUCCCCCGCCGAUCGCGACCAAGCGGACUUUCGAGGAGGCUGAGGUGUCAUCCAUACGGCCUAGAAAACGGCAACGGCAACGGCCCACUGCCGUGGUUGUAGUUGACAGGGGUGCAAACAGUCCCCAAAUACGAUCUCCGACACCGAGUCGGUAUAAUUCUACUGUGGAGCCAGUCACACGCCGAGGCAUCCUUCGAGAGCGUAGCACCAAUCUGACUAGACGGACGGCCCCCGCGACACAACAGGCACGGAAGGUUGAAGUCGUGAUCAUCAACCACAGAGAAAGCCCAUGUCAGCCUACCGUCCGGCCCACUCUGGAGCGUGCCGCAAAGCAGAUCAAUCGUCCGGAGAGGCGAAGGUCUACACGCCUUUCAGUUUCAACCCGUCGUAUUCAGCCCCCUCCACAAAGGGUCAUUUCAUAUCAGGAUGACAGUGAUGAUGAGCUUAGCUUUCUCUGA